AUGAAUGGUCUUGCAAUUGCUGAUAAUCAUGAUGUUAAUGAAAAUGACAAUCAUCCGUAUGUUUCCGAAGAAAGGCUAAAAACUAAAGGAAAUAGGAGGUCUCUAACACUUUUACCUUUAAUAAUUGGUGCACAUGCUUUACAUCGACGUGCAAAGGCCUCUGGUAAAGCUUGGCAUGGUGGUGAAGGAGCAAACAUAGGAGUAGGAGGCGGAUUUCAAAGUAGUGGAAAUGUUGCUGGCGCAGGAGGAGUAGCAGCAGGAGGAAGCGGAGGUGGAAAAGGUGACGGUGGUGGUGGUGGUGGUGGAGGUGCAGGUGGCAGUGGUGGUGGUAGUGGUGGUGGAGGUACAAGUGGCGGCGGCGGCGGCGGCGGUGGCGGUGGUAUGGCUGCUGGGGGUGGUUUGAAUUUUGGGUUUAGAGGUGGAAUAAGAGCAGGAUUUGGUGGAAACAGGGUUGGAAGUGGUAGCACUAAUGUUGGUGGAGGGGCAGGAGGCCAUCUUGAAGGUGUUGGUAGUGGUGCAACUAGUACAAGUGGUAGUCUUAGUAAAGCAAAGGGUAAUGAUGGCAAAGCUAGUGAUACUAGUAAGAGUGAGGCUAAAGCUGGUUUUGAAGGUAAAAUAGGAGCAAACGCAGGAGUAGGAGGCGGAUUUCAAGGUGGUGGAAACAUUGGUGGCGCAGGAGGAGGAGGAGGAAGAGGUGGUGGUGGUGGUGGUAUGGCUGCUGAAGGUAAAGUGGGAGGACAAGGAGAGGUUGGUGGAAAUAGUGGUGGAAGUGGUAGCACUAGUGCUACUAGUAAGGGUGAAGCUAAAGAUGGGUCUGAAGGUAAAGUAGGAGGGCACGGAAACGGUAAUGGUGGUAUAGCCGGUGGGGGUGGUUUUAAGUUUGGGUUUAGAGGUGGAAUGAGAACAGGCUUUGGUGGAAAUAAUGGUGGAAGUGGUGGCACUAAUGUUGGUGGAGGGGUCACAAGCCAUGCCGAAGGUGUUGGUAGUGCUGCAACUAGUACAAGUGGUGCUCUUAGCGGAGCAAAGAGUAGUGAUGAAAAAGCUAGUGAUACUAGUAAGAGCGAGGCUAAAGUUGGUUUUGAAGGUAAAGUAGGAGGACAAGGAAAGGUUGGUGGAAAUAGUGGUAGAAGUGGUAGCACUAGUGUUGCUAGUAAUGUAGGAGGGCAAGGUGGAGGUGUUGGCAGUGGUAGUACUGAUGCAAAUGGUACUCAUAACGGUGAAAAAGGUAGUGAUGAAAAAGCUAGUGCUACUAGUAAGGGUGAAACUAAAGAUGGGUUUAAAGGUAAAAUAGGAGGGCAAGGAGGUGCAGGUGGUGGUAUAGUUGGUGGGGGUGGUGGAAGUGGCAGCACUAGUGUUACUGGUGGAGAUGUUGGAGGAAAAGGAAAGGUCGAUGGAAAUAGUGGUGGAAGUGGUAGCUCUAGUGCUUUUGUUGGGGUAGAAGGAAAAGGUAGCACAAAAAUUAAUGAUGACAAAACUAGUGCUAAUAGUAAUGAUGAAGUUAAAGCUGAAGCCGAAGCUAAAGCUAAGGCUGAAGCCGAAGCUAAAGUUAAAGCUGAAGCUAAAGCUAAAGCUGAAACUAAAUCUAAGGCUGAAGCCGAAGCUAAAUCUAAGGCUGAAGCCGAAGCUAAAGUUGAGGCUGAAGAUAAAGCUAAGGUUGAAACCAAAGCUAAAGCCGAAGCUGAAGCUAAAGCAGAAGCAGAAGCUAAAGCUAAAGCUGAAGCCAAAGCUAAAGCUGGUGCUGAAGCUAAAGCUAAAGCUGAAGCUGAAGCUGAAGGAAAAGCUGAAGCUAAAGCAAAAGGUAAUGCUGAAGCUAAAGUUGGAAUAGGAGGGCAUGGAAGGGCAAGUGGAAAUAGUGGUGAAAGCGGUAGCAAUAAUGUUAACGGCAAAGUUAGUGCCUCUAGUAAGGCUGAAGCCAAAGCUGAAGUUAAUGCUCAAGGUAAAGGUAAAAUAGAAGGACAAGGAAAAACUAGUGGAGAUGGUGGUGGAAGUGGUAGUAGUAGUGUUGAUGGUGGGGCUAAAGGGCAUGGUGGUGGUGGUGGUAGUCACAUGCAUUUUGGCGGCGGUGGUGGUGGUCACAUGCGUUUUGCUGGUGGUGGUGGUGGAAGUGGUAGCAGUAGUGUUGAUGGUGGGGCUAAAGGACAUGGUGGAGGUGGUGGUGGUCAUAUGCAGUUUGGUGGUGGUGGUGGUGGUGGUGGUGGAAGUGGUAGCAAUAAUGUUGAUGGUGGGGCUAAAGGGCAUGGUGGAGGUGGUGGUGGUGGUCACAUGCAUUUUGCUGGUGGCGGCGGUUUUAAAUUUGGUUUUGGUGGAAAUGUAGAAGGGCGAGGAGGGUUUGGUGGAAGCCACUAA